AUGACCCCCAACGCGCGAGUCGUCUGCGCCGCCAUGGUCGUCCUCGCUUGGAUUGCCAGUAGCGCCGCCGCCAGCGACGGCAGCUUCGUCAAGACGUGUGUUUGGGACGCCUGCAAGUUCCGCAACAACCGCAUUCUCGACACCUACUGCAACAAUGACAAGACGGAGAUCUUCGACUAUGACUGGACCCAGAUUGACCUCAGCAAAUGCGUCGGCAACAACGGUGGCACCCUCGUCGCCUCCGAGAAUGGCAGGUUCCACGACAGCUGCGAGACGUGCAAGCUCACCAACAUCUACAAGGACGGCACGCAGUACCUCGCCUGUCGGUGCCACAGGGCCGGCGAGAAAGGCGGCACGCACAAGACGAAGAUUGACCUCGACAAGGUCCUUUACAACAAUAACGGAACCCUUGGAUGCCACGGCCACGAGGGAUCCAAGUUUCGGCGCCCGCCGCCGGAGUGGGACCCUGACACUGACGCCGAGGACGAGGCGUAG